GGUUCCGAAACUUCCGUUUAAUCUCAUCUAGGUGUUUGCUUGAAUGACCCCCCUCCUCUGUGUCAUUUUAUCCUUCCGCAUUUUCGGUGUCGACCGAGGAAAAUCGAGCAGCGUGCACGAGCUGUGUUCCGCGCACGGUGCGCUGACGCGUUCCAAGCCCCGAAGUGAAUCAGAAGAAACUGGAUUCUGCGAGUAUAUUUUGGUACCUUUUGGGGCCUUAGUUUAACUUGGUAACUCUGAUCUGUUCUCUCGGGCGCGUGGUGCAAUUAGUAAGCUUCUUUUCGCGGGAAUUCGCGAUCCCGGAUCUUGCAACGCCUGGCAGCUUGGCAGUCUGCGCCUUCCUUACGGAAGCUGACCAUCCGACAGGAUGGUUCUUCGAAACUCAUGGCCCACCUUCCCUCGGACGCCCAGUUAAAGUCUAAAACGACGAGCAACAACACCGCAGAGCUCUACAGCCACAUCCGGGAAGCCAGUUGUCCGCCGUCGCAGUCUUUUCGGCAGAGCUUCCUGCGUUUUCGCCUCUUUUUUCUCUUCAUGUCCGCUUUCAGGCAAGCCGCUGACUUUCUGUCGGUCUGUUUCAUGGCAUUAGAGCGGGUGUGCAUACCCCGUUCGCGGCACAGCUCUCCUGCGAGUUUCGUGCUCCCUUUCUUAGUUCUAUCCGUCGCCGGGCUUUGCUCGCCGGCCAUUUCCGCGUGGACGUGGCUGUUGCUGACUGUCGCGGGACUCAUCCUCCUCUCCAUUCACUCCCUUGGCCUCUUGCUGACGAGCGAUCGCGACGCUUCUUCGUGUGACUCUUCGCCUUUUGAAUCAGCGUGUGUGACUCGGUGCGCCUCUACUUCAGACGUUCUUUCCUUCGACUCUCUCGCCUCGCGUUCUUCCUCUCGCGCAGCCUUCGCUUCUGACGCCUGUGGACGCCUUGCAAGCCUCUGCCACGUACGCGCCUUUUCGACGCCGCACCUCGAAUCUCAGGUUUCCGCCGGAACAGAUCCACCUGAGGAACCGUCUGCAAGUGCUCAGACAGCUCCCCCGUCCCCGCGCCUAUGCCGACAGCGCUCAGGAGUUUCUCCCCCGCCUCUCGCCAUCCGUUCGUGCUCGGAUUCACCAUCAGUUGCCCCUUCGUCUCCACCUUUAGCGUUCUUCAGCUACGAAGAACUUAAUCAGAAUCGAACUCCAGGGACUGAAGAAGAUCGGUCAGAAGCCGCUCGCGUCGAAGGAGCCGAAGAGUCUUUCUUGGCUUGCGUUCCAGAGCCGUCCGAGCCUUCCCCCAUCUCUGAUACAGAGACAUCCUGCGCUCCAGUAUGUGCGCGUUCUGUGGCGCGUGAUGCCACGCCAAACCGGAGUGGUUGUGCGAGUACCUACCCCCUGCGCCUUUUCUCAACUGUCGAACCUUCAGCGUCUGUCACAGGGCCUUCGGCAGCAGGCAAGACUUCUCAGGCGGCUUCCGAGAAGUGUGCCGCUGUCUGCUUGCCUCGCGCGACACCGGCUGUGAGCGUAGAGUGUGAAGACGCAGAGAGUGAAGGUACAGAGACACUUGAGUCGAGUCCGCAGCCUGUUUCCCUUCUCUUCACAGAUCGGUUCUCUCACGCGGCUCCGGCUGACAUCCCUCCACCUUUGGAAGCACCCGCUGGGGGAUCCGCGACUUCACACGCCUCAAAGGGCGUCGCAUCUCUCGACGCUCGAACUCUAGAAGGCUCCGUUUCUUUUAUAGGUUGUCUUCCGUCAGGGACGCGAGACGCGACUCACUCGACGCUUCCCUCGCCCUCAGCUGUCUCUGCUUUUCCACUCCCCAAUUUCCUCGUUGGCGCAGGCGAGAGGACGCAGUCAGCCUCUUCAGUGGCUUCGUCGGAGGCCUCAGGCGAAGGAGACGACGACGCACCGACGUCGGUGCUAACGCAGCCUCCUGAGAACCCUGGGGCCAACGCUUCAGGAGUUUCGUUCCCCGUCUGUGUCGGAAGCAGAUACGAAACAGUGGCCGUCUGCUCUCCAGGAGACAGCGCUGGAGUUGCUGCUCUUGGCAAGCGCGUCGGCGAGAACGAGGAAGCGAUCAACACCCUCUUCAAGGACUUCGCUACCAGCUCACCUCCUCAACGGUGGGUCUCUGCGCCGGUGCAGUGGCCUUCGUCUUGUCGACAAGAAGCAAGCCAAGAGAAGAGAGUCGUUUCCAGCGACGCAGGUCGCUCCACGCAAGAAACAAGCACGAGCGUCGAGCCAGGUGCUUCCGCGCCGGCUGCCUCUCUCAGUCGUGGAAAAUCGACGUUCUUCGUCCACGCUGGGGACGACCAAAGUCGACUGCAAGCCAGGCCGGCAGAGCUCUCUUCUGGAGAAGGAAGCACGAACGGAGUGCCUCACACAGACUUCUCCCGGGGGUUCGGUCUUCAGCACCGACUGAUCGAAGGCGAAGCCGCGUCAGGUUCUCUGUCAGCAGCUUCUGCACCUGUCCGCGUCGAAGGCAGAGACGAGGACGUCUCUCUGUUCGCUGUUCAGGCACCAACUGUGACAACAUUCGAAGAAAUCCAGAGUGAGGUCUCGAGUCUGGGAGAGCGCGAGCAGAACGAGGAACGUGUAGACGAACCGGCAGCAGACUGCAAAAGGAUCGAAACAGAGGGGGAGAUUGUGGGUGCCGGUUUAAGGGCGCUUGACGCCUCGAGACAAGACCUUGGAGCAGAACGCGAGCAAGAAGGACAGGACGCGUCUCACGAAUCCACUCAGAAGGUCACUCAAGAGGAAGCCGAGCAGGAGAACGUUCAGGAAGCAACUCAAGAAGCAGAAGGAAAAGACAACUGUGUACUGUUAGAGAGGCGGUCAGAGCCAGAGGGUGAAGAAGAGUGUGAAGAAGAAGAGAGUGGAGAAGAAGGGAGUGGAAAAGAAGGGAGUGGAAAAGAAGAGAGUGAAGAAGAAGAGGGUGAAGAAGAAGAGAGUGAAGAAGAAGAGAGUGGAGAAGAAGGGAGUGGAAAAGAAGGGAGUGGAAAAGAAGAGAGUGAAGAAGAAGAGAGUGAAGAAGAAGAGAGUGGAGGAGACAAAAGUGAACAGAAGGCUGAGGAAGGAAUUUCCGACGGCGGAGAAAGUGGGCCUACGUAUUUUUUCUCGUUUUCCGCCGGCAAUCAGCAGGCAAAGAAUCCAGUCCCACAGUCGAAGGCGAAAGAGGAAACUGAGGAAAGUGAAGGAGAGGCAGCAGAUAACUUCGAGAGUUCGUUCAUUCCUAUUCAACCGGGUGCAGAGACCGUGGAAAUAGAGAACGAUCUGAGGGAUCGUACGGGGUCAGAAGAGAAGCACGAAGACCGAGAAGAAACGUGUGAACGGAAGGGAUCUGAAACGGAAUUUGCAUUAGCUGAAGAGGAAAACACUCAGAAUAAUUCCGAAAGAGAGCCAAGGCCCAAAGAACAGGGAGCUCGGGAGGAGGACUGCAGAGAGGGAACCAAAGAGACAAGCGUCCCUUCGUCUCGAGAAGGCGUUCGCAAGCAGGAUUCACCAGGGGGGCCAGAAAAGGAAGAAGCAGAAGAACCAUCAAGAGGCGAGGAUCCGGGAGAAGUUUUGGAUGUGCUAGUAAGCUCAAAAGGUGCCGAUCUCGAAGGACUUGCCGACGAGGAAAAGAGACAAGACGUCCCUAACGGAAAGGAGGCAAAGAAAGAAAAGACAGAUUCGCGCGAGGACGAAGAAAGAGAACAUUAUUGCGAAGAGGAGUCGAAGAACGCUUCCCAGUCCGACGGAGACGAAGUCGAGGAACAAGUUGCAGAAGAAACCAGUGAUGCAAGGGCGAACAAAGAGUCUGGAAAUCACAACGAACAGAAGCACACAGAAGACGUGAAGGCGCACGAAAAGGACGACCAGGGAGAAGGCGAAGCAGAAGAAGUCGAAGAAGAAGAGGGAAAAGAAGGCGAAGAAAAAGGAGAAGAAGACGAAGAGGAAGAACUAGAGGAAGAAGGUGAAGUCGAGGAGGAAAGUGGAGAAGAAGAGGAAGAAGUAGAGGAAGAACGUGAAGAAGAAGAAGAAGUAGAGGAAGAAAGUGAAGAAGAAGUAGAGGAAGAGGGUGAAGAAGAAGAGGAAGAAGGAGAGGAAGAAAGUGAAGACGAAGAGGAAGAAGUAGAGGAAGGAAGCGAAGACGAAGAGGAAGAAGUAGAGGACGAAAGUGAAGAAGACACAGGAAAGGUCGACUCAAGGGACCUGUGUGAAGCAUCCGUUGUUAGAGUGGCGAGAGGACCAGUUGAAUGCAUAACAGAGGAGGACCAUCAAUCUGAGUUCCUUUCCUUUGACAAUUUGCUCGAGGCACACACAUCACGUCUCGUUGACGCCAGUGAGGCAGAGACGCCAGAGAGUGACCAAGAGCGACCUGAAGAAGCGACGGGUGUCAGCGACAUCGUAUCCCCUCACUUCGAAAGCGCAGGUGUUGGUUUCGAAAACAAUAGAAACGAGGGGAAGACUUUUGAAGACUUUGAGACAGAGCGGAGUCCAUAUUGUUCCUUUUCAGGGGAGGAGGCUGAGGCUCGUUUUUUGACACUUCAGUCCUCGGCAGUUGCAGGUUUUUCGGGCGCGGGGUCCCCUGACAACUCGUUCUCUCGGACCGGCGCUGAAGCGUUCCCGGGACUCCCAGUCUGUCCACCAGCCAGGAGACACAAGCACGACCGCCAAGAGGAGGAGAUUCCAGAGGCAGAUCAGCUUUCUCCGGAACUACGUCACUUGCCGGCUUCGUGUGAAGAAGCAGAAGAGCGCGCCGGAGAGCCUGUGGAAGCCGAGGCGACUGGUGACUUAUCUGAAACGCUCAAACGUUACGAAGAAGCAGUGAACGGUGCAUGCUCUGGAAAGGCGAGGAAGGAAGCCGAGCAGGCGAGUCCUUGUGAAGACGCUUCAAGAGUCGAUUCUGCGCCUCAGCAACACCCAACCGACAAUUCGUUCACUGUGUCUGCUUCGGAGGUUCGCAUCCCACACGGGCUCGAGAGGCCUGCUCCAUCGUUACAACCAACACUUGUCUGUGGGGGAUUCUCUUCUUGGGAGGCGUACUCGAAGACGUUCGACUUGCCUUCGCCUUUCCCCCUGUCUUUUUCGGAGGAGGCUGUUUUUCCGGAUCCGCGCUCAGCUGGGCCUGAUCCGCUGCCCUUCAGGUGUCGCCCAGAAGCGCCGUUCGUUUUUUUCUCGUCUUCUUCCUCAGGGAGUACACAACCGUUGGUGAUCGGUGAAGAAGAAGACAAACGAGAAGGUCAGCUGCCAGUAGGCGACUCGAGAGCCGCGAGUCCCGACACCGACACAGAGAAGGAGGGCGACGAGGAAAGAGAACGAGGUGAAGAAGAGGAAGGAAAAACGCUCUCUGGAGAACUCAGAGAGGGAAGCGAGGAAGCGAAGGCGGAGCAGUGCGUUGCGUCACACGCAGGAGAGAUCUGGUCGGAAGAGAAACGCGGUCAGGAGGGAGAGCAGAAGAUUGGAGUAGAGAGACAGCACCCGACGGAGCAGGAGAGAGAACAGGAGCUCACUGAAGCGAGAGAAGAGAAGACCGAUCCAGAGAGAAAACAAGAUAACGCUCAGGAGAACGCGGGGGAGAAAGACAUUGAAGACAGAGAAGCAGACCAAGGGAGAGGAGAGGAAGACCGAGAGGAACUCGGACACGAAGAACAAGAGACUGUGACAGAAGGAUCUGUCGGCAACGUUGAGAGGGCCGAAGAGAUCCGGGAGAAGGGUAUUCUGCCCCUGUCAUUUUUCGAGAUCAAGACUUGCAGUUCCGUCACGUGUGAGCGCUCUCUUCCCGUUUUUUCGGCAUCGCUUCAGACCCCGGUCAAGAGGCCCGGAGAGGGGGACGCAGACGAGCCGCCUUCAGAGAGAGCGGACAGUGAAGAGAAAGAGCGAGGGGAGAUAACGCACGAAGCAUCCGACGAAGGAAGAGGAGACGUCGAGGCAGAGACAGAGCAAGCAAGUGAAAGGAAGAGUGGAACAACAAACAGUGAAGAAGAAAGCGACAAAGGCAGUGAAGAAGAAAGCGAGAGCGACAGUGAAGAAGGAAGCGAGAGCGACAGUGAAGAGGAAAGUGAGAGCGACAGUGAAGAGGAAAGUGAGAGUGAAUCUCUCCCGGUUCUCAGCCACCCGGUUCCCGACGAGACGCAUCCGUCUGCGCGCCGAAGCUUCACGGAUCACUUUAUCAUCUGCACGAGGUCGCCUUCAGAACUGUCGCGCCAGUCUUCGGGCGUCAUCUUGCAAGGCGUAGCGACCGUCAACACUUCGUCGCCUGCCAUCUCAAAUCCGGAAUCUUCUCAUCUUUUGCGUGAUUCAUCCCGCUCUUCAGAAGCUUCGUCGACUGUCUCUCAGGUGUUACCUGCCCUUCUCAUCGAAGCCUCCGGAGAAUCAGAAGAAGCGGACGACGACGCGAAGAAACCAGGAGAGAACGAAGCAAGCGAGGCGCGGCCGUCGCCAGCAGCGGAACGAGGAGGCGUAGAACAGUCAGAAGAAAUAGAAGAACUCAAAGGAGAUUGUGAGAGGGCGGAGUGGCUUGUUCCGCGUGACUUUCAGUUAGGUCAGGAAGACGCGGCAGUUGUGUUCUCUUGCGCCUCAGGGCGGCGCGAGCCUCUUUGCAUAGGUUCGCAGGAAUUUGAGGGCGAGGCAGAUUUGGAGACACCCGUUGCAUCCGCAGACUCGGGAGAAGAAGCUUGUGCUGACAGCGAAAAGGAGGCGCGUGCAAGUUCUCCCGUCUUCGGGUCUCUCCUCGCGUCUCUUCCAGUCCCUUUUUCGACUUUUGGCGAAGCUCCGGUCGGUUCAGAGGGCGCCGGAGACACGCAGAUCUCAGUCUCAGCCCUUGCUUUGCACGACUGUUCGGCGUCCGGAGACGACUCUCCAACUCUUCUUACGAGCUCCCUGUCCCCCGUGUGGGGUGGUCUCUCCAAAUCGGAUUCUCCAGCUUCGUGUUUUUCUUUUUCGGCGAAGGAGCCUGCUCAGAUUGACGACAAACCAGAAGAGGAGAAAGAGGAAGAAGACCAAGGCGACGCAGACGCUGAAGGUUGUGUCAGUGUGUAUAGGGCUGAGGAAGCGAUUCCAAACUCUUCUUCACACUCUUCACCGUCAUCAUAUCCGUCUUCGUCAGCUUCUUCAUCUUCGUCUCUUUUGUUACCUUGUGCAUCAUCUAAACCACCACUUUCAGCAUCUUCUCCUUCAGUUGUUCCGGGACGUAUUUCGCCAUCGACCUGGUCGUCGUGUGAGACACCGAACAGACUCAAAUUCACUGGCGGAGCAGGUGUUUCUUUGUUUCUCGCUGCCUCUUCACGAGCGGUCAAGGGCCCCCGACAGGCGCGACGUCUUCCUCUGUCUCCGCGCCCUCCUCCUCCCCCUCUGGACUCUCCCAGACUUCGCGCCUUGAGCAGUGCGAAGUCUUCAACGGAAACACUCGCGGUGCGCUCUCCUGAAUCUUCGUCUGUGUCCCGAAGCGAACGAGAAGAACGUUUGUUCCCUCGUGGGAAGAGCGCUGCAAGGGAUCUGGAAAAAAACCUCCAGGGAAAGGAGACAGCGAAGCUUGAUCGCCCUUCAGCGGUCGAGAGAGAAGAGGGAUCUCUAGAAGGAACUGCGAUUAUUUCAGUCUCGCGAGGGGUCAGAGAAAAAGACUCGACUUCUGCAGCGUCUGUCGGUUGUCUGAGGAACUGCGAGAGCUCUCGAGUUUCUACGAAGCACUGUGAAGCCUCCUGCACGCGAAGCUCUGCAGCGCCUCACCGCUUGCAGAUCUGCAGGGAAGACGCGCGACCACGAUCCUCCUUCGCGUCGUUUCGCAGAGGUUCACGUCUGCCCGAUAUCACGGAGGAGCGCGAGGAGCAGACACAGGACAGCGGCGAGUUCCUUCACUCGACGUCUGAACUUUCGGGAGAAGGCGAGAAGAAGAUCGGACAGCGGAAUCGCCAGACUUGGCACUGGAGUUCUUCGGGUCCGCGUCACCGCGCUUCGUCUCCUGUUGUUCAAAGGCGAAACAGCCUCCAGAAGAAAGAGAAAAAGCAGGAGAAGAGAGAGAAGAAGCGACAGGAGAAAAACGAGCAGAAGGGCGAGAAAACAGAGAGGAAAGAAGAGAAGGGAGAGCGGAAGGCUUCGCGACCGAGGAAAGAAGGAGGCCGUAGACGGAUUCGAGACCUUGAGAUUACCCCCCACGAGGCGAGACUUCCAUCACCUCCCGAGACGGUCCGUCCCCGGAAGUUUCGGCCUGUGCCGAUACCUCGAAAAGACAACGCGGGAAGCGAAAUCGAGACACUCGAUCACACCAAGGAGAAUUCGCAAGUUCAGGACUCUCAGCAGCGUUUCUCGUCGCGAGAGAUCUACGAACCCGCACUGCGUCUGCAGACCAUUCCUGAAGUGUCUUCUUCGGUCGCCUUCUACUCGUUCUGCUCCUCUCUCCCUGCUCCAGAGUCCGGGGACACAGAGUGUGUAGAGCUGCAGUCAAACGGCCAAUCGCCUGUCUCAGGUGUCUCGUCCUUCCACCCGCGUUGUGUUGACUCGCCUGUGAGACACGAGACCGACAGGAACCCUGAGGAGACUUCACAAGCUGCACCGCUGCGUGCAGUCCAGGGGCAGCCGCCCGCACAAGGCGUCACAGCUUCGUCGACAUCUUUGUCUUCCUCUUCUGCUCCCUCUGCCUCCCUCGCCUUCCAUCUUGCAUCGGCAUCAUCUUGUGCACCGCCUGUUCCUAGCUGUCAGCACAACUUGAAUCAGAAAUCUCUUUCCUUCUCUCGCGAGCUCUCGACAUCCACGGCGACCCGUUGCCUUCUCUCGGCAACCUCGCAACCUUCGCUGCCACCUAAACCUGCUCGCGUGAUUCUUCGCCACGCAGACACGCUGCAGUAUCUCCCAGCUUCUCCAGGAGUGUCUGGUGUUUGUGCGUCGCGGUCUCACUCCUGCGCUGCGCGCUCUCUUUCUGCUCCCCCUGAAGCUUCAAAGAUGCAGGCUUCGUCGCCGCUAUCGAACGCGCCCCGGGUCAUCGUGCCCCUGACUCGAGCUGAGGCAGAAGAAAUGCACAAAAACAACCCGCGGCUUGGCCGGCGUCCUUGGCUCUGUGGUGACCCCAGUGUGGAGCGUCUCUCCAGCGGGAGGUCCGCGCGGAAAGUGUCUCCUCGGAGACUGAGAGACACUCGCGUAGCCUCGGGCAAAGACGCGUUCGAAUGGUGUUCCUCGUGCUGUGUGCCGACGACCGGCUCCUCCUCCUUUUCGCAGUACACCGUGCCGGGACAAGCUACCAUCCCCUCGCCCUACGGGCCUAUACCGGCGCCCCAGUGGCCCAGAGCUGCGGUCGCCAGACCCGGAAGCCCAACGCGGGUCUACUACGCGAGCCCUGAGGCUCCGCAGACUGCCGGUCACCUGAAACAGGGAGCAGGCCUCCAGGCUCCGCCAUCGACCCCAGUGCGCGCUGGUCCGUCGCCCCGCACCCCACCCUACGGCAAGGUGUCCAUGUCCCCGGCAUGUGUCUCCGUGUCCCCGGCAGGUGUCGCCACGUGCCCCACAGGGUCCACUGGCCGCCGGUACAUGCCGGGGAUGUCGCCUGAAUCGCUUGGAAGGGCUCGCCAGAGCUCGCCCACGGCGACGCGCGUGUGGCGGUCGGUGACUCCGCCUCCAAGUCGGCUUUCGUCUCCAAGUGGACGGCCUGACGGCGUAGUCGCGGCGACAUUUCCGGCAUAUCCUCAAGGGGCGUACGUGCCAUCGCAUCCAGGAUGGACUUCUUCUCAUCGGACAGUUUCUGCAGACACUCGAGAUGCUGGACGGUUCCCUCGCCCCUAUUAUGUGGGGAGCGCACAGCCCACUAGGCUAGAAAUGGCACCAGGAACUACCCCACACGCUGGGGGGGUUUCGAUCCCGUCCUCGGUUUCAAAAACAGUGCUUUACCAGAGUGCUCAACCGUGUCAAGGUGUCCAGGCUUCGUACCAGGCUUCGUACGCGCCAACGGGGUCGUGGGUGGUCCCGCCGUCGCGCCCCAUCGUCUCCACCGUCCCCACGCCGAGCUUCGGGCCCGCUGGAGUGACGCAGGCCCCCGGCGCGCCUGUGGAGACUCCAGUUUGGGCUCCAGCUCACGGGAGUCGCUCUCCAUCGAGCACGUCUCCGGGGCUCGGGAAGAUCGCUUCGCCUGGCGAAGGAUCUGCGGGGCAAGCUCCGGUUCCUGAGUCUCCGACGGUCCAGAUUGUCGUGUCUCCUUCCUGCGUGUCGACGUCUAGAGAGUCUCCACAGGCGCCAGCGCCAUCGCCGGCCUCUCCGGGGCCUUCUGAGAAGUCUCCGGGGUCAUCCGAUCCCUCGCAGGGAUCCCCUACCUCGCGCCCCGGCGAAGCCGAGACCUCCUGUCGCCGCCAGAGCAGUCGCCCGCUGGAUGCCUCAGGGGGGAUCUCCGGAAGCUCCAGCAGUCUGGCUGCGGAUUCAAGGGUGCCAGCGGAGACAGGUGUCUCCUCUUGUGUCUUUCGGAUGGCGUCUGUCCCCGUGAACGGCGUCACGACCGUGCCAGUGGAAGGUGGCGCUUCCCGGAAGGCCACCGGCGAAAGUGUGGGGAGACACUUUUCGCAUCAAGAGAGCGCGUCCGGCGCCCGAGAGACAGGCGGCGAGACAGCAACGGUCGCGAGCGAGGGGAUGGGAAGCCGAACGGAGACAAAGAACGGAGGCGCUGAAUCGGCUCAGGGGGAAAGGGGGAGAACUCUUGCGCCGCAUGCGAACUCUACAGCAAGGGCUGAGCAUGGGAGGGAAGACGAGGAAGGUGCAAAGAACAAAGAAGAUGCUGCAGGCAGAGACGACCCAGUCAGAAAGGGAUUCUGGUUCAGAACGGUCUCCACGAAUGAAGACUGCGAUGAAUCGCAGUGGAACAUGAAAAACACCCUGAGCGAUCCUGGCGACCACAUGCUAAACACCCUCGACAAGCUGGCGAAGGUUCAGGACAGACUGGAUUUCCUUCAGCAGCAGGUUCAGCAGCAGACAAAAGAACUUCAGACUUACUACAGUUCAUAUAAAACGGCUGAAGCAAUCAAGAACGCUUUAGAGACUUCAAUGUCAGACUGCACGGUCUGCUACAGCCGGCGCUCGACGCAGCUGAACGAAGUGGAAAAGCGUCUGAAAAUUCUCACAGCUGAAACGCUAACUGGAUGUUCGACCGCGGAAUUGGAAGAGCUUGCGCAGGAACUGGAGACGACCCUCUACAAGAUGACUGCCGUCCAGACUCAAAGAGCCGCGGGAGUCGCUGAAUUUUUCCCCGACGACCCGCCUCGUCAGCUUCUUCCCUUUUCUUCAGAUUGUUUGCCCGAGCCGAAGACAACAUUCAUUGUUCCGGAAGAGCCGGUGGCGAUGGUUGCCGUUGAUGACUGCGUCACCUUGGGGGAAGAAAUCGAUACGGAAAUGGCGGACGUGUUGAAGGACUUGAGACAGGCACAGCAGAUGCAUGAGGAAUUUCGAAAAGAAUACAAACGCAUUCAGAUGCAAGUCGACCAGGAGGUCAACCUUUUCGAUGUUGAUUUGCGCAAGUUAACGAGUGUCGAGAAGACCCUCGAGGAGCGCCUUCGUCGACUCCUGUGUCUCACUGGCGACACGGACUACGCAGAUGUGAGCGAGAGCGACCUCCAGGAGUACUUCCGGACGGUGAACUACGCGGUGCGUCGGGUGUAUCGACACCUUGCACUCAAGGAGGCGGGCCACACGACUCCGGCUCCUGCGGGUUCGGCGACUCAGGCGGUCACGAAGAAACUCCCCCAACAAUCACAGCCGCGAGCGACCAGAACGUCGAACAGCGGUCCACUGAGGCGACCACCCCAAGAGGACACUCAAGAAGCGUUCGAAGCUGCCUUCCGAACUGGUACAGACUCGACAGGAGAACGGACGUCUCCGUCUCUGCGACGGGGACGGAGUGGAGACUCUGGACUCUCGGCGCGCCAGCGGACACGGGGCCUAGGGCCGCUCACCGGAGGGAUUUUAGGCAGCUCUUUGUCCGGCUCCAUGCAGAAUUUACCGACUCUGACAGGCGAGCAGACCCGCGGUGGUCAACCGCUUUCGCGGCAUCAAGCGGCCCUGCCAUGGAGACAGGGCCUACAGCCCUACCGUCUGGUGGUGACCCCUCAGUCCGGAGUACCAAGUUCAGCUUCGCUUUCGAUGCCUCAGGACUUCAACCCGCUGCAGCCGCUCGUUGCGCGGGGGAGCACGUCGGGCAGAGUGGCUCGGCGCCAGCUUCAUUCUGCAGAGAAAGAGAGACGCCUUUCGCAAGAAGAGCUCAUUGCUGGGGUAGCGACGCCUUCCAGACAGGUCGCGCUGAAGGCUGACGCGGGCCGCGAUGCGUCUUGGAGGACCAGGCGUGUGGCGCGAGAAGAAGUAGACGAAGAAGGCUUUGUGAUUGAAGACGGUCACUACGUCUCGGGGUCGGAACACGAAGGUCGAGAGGAAUCGACCUGCCCCAGACGUCGCUUCUCCAGUGGAGCCUUCUUGUCAGAGGCGCGCGAUCAAGACCGACAACUGGUGCUGCAUCCCCCGCCUCAUGAGUCUUCAGAGUCUGUGCUACAGGAAGAUCUCGGGGUCGUGAAGGAGGAGCGAGCAGACGGGCGAAGGCUACGAGCAUCACUGCUUAAGUCUCCUGAGGACCCGUUUACGCGGGGACGACUGGAAAGUGCGGAGAGCGUCAUUAGUGCUCUCAGCUACACCGGACACGCAGACCCGCCGCAGGCUCUGGGAAAGAUGCCUUUCGCGUCUAGUGGCGGAGGAAACUUGCUUCUCCUCUCGCCAAGUGUGAAUCCUGGAUCACCACCAGCGAUUCCGCGCGUGGCGCCCGUGCCGGCCGCAAGGCAAACGGCCUCUCGCGCGCCUCUUCCCGUUGACAGCUCCGACAAAGGCAGCGAUGGGAGGAAAGCCGAAAGGCAGCAGGAGAGAUUGAUAGGCGUACAGCAGGAGAGUCUGGAACCGGAGUCUGAGGAACAUGCGCAUUUGUAUCAGCUUCAGGAGGUCCGAGAAAAGCCCUUGGUGCCGCAUGAUAGGAGACGCGUAGAGAGAGAGCGAAGACAAAUCACAGGAGAAAGAAGUAACAGACGCGAGGAAGCUCAGGAGGAAGCCGCACCGACACUCACGCGGAGACAACUCGCCGCCACCGCUUCCGCAGGGACGCUCCCUUGUCAGGCUUCUUCGGUAGCGCCGAAGGGUGGUGAAAUAAGUCGCGAGAUUCGCGCUGUCCAUCCAAGAACGACAGGAGAGCAUUCGAAACCUGUUGAGGAGCUGGUGGAAAGAGACGAGCCGCAACGGGAUUUAUUGGGAGAGCGUCGUCGCCCUUUGUCGGAGGGAGAAGGACCUCCCGGGGGGGAACUCGAGAAAUCUUUGCAGUUGACUCGGUCGCUUCCAGAGAGGAAGCUCGCAACACGAGAACCGCGGGAACUGACGCAUGCAAGCCCUUCAGAAGACCCCAGUCGGACAGCCCGCAGAACGUCGGGGCUGGAGCGAGGAUUUUCUGUGAAGCUCCUUCGGGACGGCAGCGUCUGUUCAGACGGCAGUGUGUAUCUGUCGGCGAACCUGGUGGAAAGCGAAUCUCGCCGCGGAACCAUUGAGAGGGAGCUCGAAUUGAUUCCUGAAAAAAACGAGGAUCUGCCGAGGCAGAAGGCUAGACGACCCGCAGUGACCGGAGGAGUCGAUUCUUUUACUUUCGGUGUUUCACACAAUUCUCUGCCGACCAGCGAGGAGGUGGAUUCUCCUGGACUUCACCUAGCGCAUGCGGGGGCGGAUCCCGCGCAUUUGGGGGGGAAACGCGGAAAAAGACACUCGGCUGCGCUUGAAGUGCUGGGACAGUCUGAACACCUGCCCGGUCUGCGUCAGUUGGCGGUAAAAUCGGCGUCUCCAAACAGUGGGAGGAACUCCGUGGGGAACGGCGAUCUGGGAAGAAUCGCAGAGAACAGAGAAGACCGAGGGAUCUGUUCGAUGGGUCAUGAGCUUGCGCGUAUGGAAUAUGGCUUGGUGCCGUCGAAAACGCCAAAGACAGGAGGCAGCAAACACCCAGCGAUUGCGACGGCCUCUGUGCCUGCGUUGCCGGCUCCGGAAACUCUAAACGAUGAAAAAAGACUGGAUUCGGCGGCGCGAUCGGGAGAGUUGUGUCGGACAUUGGCACGGCCAGAGGAAGCGCACGUUGCGAGACCAGCUGCCACAGAACUGGUGCGGGAUCAGGAGAGGCAGCAAAGCAAACACGAACUUGCGAGACUGGGAGAGCAAUCAUUGAGCACCGGCAGCAGACAUCUGAGUAAGGAACAGGCUAGAAGUGGACAGCUAGCUCCAAUGCAUGUCGAGUAUCCCCCGAGUGAAAUGAAUACGAGCGAUUCUAGUGGAGAUGAGAUGUCUGGGAAAAACAACAAUGGUACGAGAAACCGGCAAGUAAAACACCGGGACAGUGCGGCCGGCAGUGCAACGGGAGUUGAUGAGGCAGAGCGACGCACACGCAUUGGAAGUCUUCCUGAUGAAAAUUCCAAUGAAGUCUUUGUUUCUGCAGCCUCGUGGUUCCCGCCGGAAGAAGAGGGCUGCGAGUGAAAUGAAGGACGUAAUAGUGGUGAGAAGGAAUCAGCUUAGGAAAGACUGUGUGGUUACUUUUGGACACGGAGGUGUAUGUGAAGGCUUACAACACAAGAAUCGAUAUGUGUACCGUUCUCUAAAAACAGGUAUUUUUAGUCAGGAACAGGUGGUGAGUUUCGCCUGGUCUCUUUGUAGUGGCGGCGAACAUAGGAAGUAGUGGUAUUCAUGUGCGGUUUUUUCGUGGUUCUGCCCCAUCGUCAACUUCGAGAUAAACCGUGUGUUUUAGUAGGUAUGCGUCUGCCGGUUGGGCUUAGUUUCAUGCGCUUAAGCGUGAACAAGGAAGUCCCCCGUUGGUCGGACCCAGAUAUCUGACAUCAAUGUUGCAGGAAGAAUGAAGACCCGCUUUCGUUGUUGCUGUGCUUUGAUGUCCGAGUGUUUCGAAAAUCUACGUCCGUUUCAACAGUUGGCAACUUGAAGUUGCAGCGCUUGUCCCAGUGACGCCGAAGAAGACGCCAAACUCGUGUUCAGCACUUUGCCAUUAGCU